AUGGACUUGAAGGCCCACAAAAAGUCUCACCAGCACAAGAAGUAUAGGGUCAAGACCCAGGAGAGAUUUGCCAAGAAGUUUCCAUACAGGUUCUCUUGGCUGGCAGAGCCCAACCCCAAGUCCCUGCAGUCCUGGGAGGUUGUGAGCCACUCAGCGAGGGAACAGCUGCCCCUGCAGAAGAGGCUGGUGCCAACGAGGUCCAUCCCGGUCCGAGGGCUUGGGGCUCCGGAUUUUACAUCACUGGUCUGCUCCCGCCAGCCUCCACCCCCACCACACAGCCUUUGGGAACUCAAGUUACUGAACCACCGCUUCCCCAGACAAGGCGUCUGCACGCUGGCCGCCCUACAUGCCAGUGUCUACCACCCCUUGGCCAGUGAGGCAGCAGGGCCGCCUGGGGGCAUCUCCUAG